CGGCGAGUUGGUCAUCAUUCGAUCUGCUCUCUUGUGUCAGUCGGUUUAUAAUCGUAGAGGUUCAAGAUGACUGGUCGCGGUAAGGGAGGAAAGGGAUUGGGAAAAGGAGGAGCGAAGCGUCACAGGAAAGUUCUUCGCGAUAACAUCCAGGGUAUUACCAAACCGGCUAUCCGUCGUUUGGCUCGACGUGGUGGUGUCAAGCGUAUCUCCGGCUUGAUCUACGAAGAGACUCGUGGCGUACUGAAGGUCUUCCUUGAGAACGUUAUUCGCGAUGCUGUCACCUACACCGAACACGCGAAAAGGAAGACUGUAACUGCCAUGGACGUCGUAUACGCCCUGAAACGCCAAGGUAGAACUCUGUACGGCUUCGGCGGUUAAGCGAAGAGCGGUGGACUAUCAAAUUAAAAUCGGCCCUUUUCAGGGCCACAAAUGUUUCCAACGUUUGAACAAUUCUAUUCGUUUUACAAUACUACCUAUAAUAUAUUUAUAUAACCUAUUCAAAAUAAAAUUGUUGAUACUUGUAAUCACAAAAAAGAUUGAAGUUGGCAUUAAAUAAAUAUUGUUAAAAGUA